CCACCGAGCCCAGCCGUUACAUUUUAUUACAGUUUUAUCUCAGUUUCAACGCUUUUGUUAAAACAUAGAAAUAGUAAACUUCUGUGCAGCCGCUGACGGCAAAUAGAGGACUCCGAAACUGAACGCAGGCGGUAAUUUAUUUUGAAAGUUGGAUUAUAGCUUGAACUGAGGGGAAAUAUUGCCUGCCAGAUGCUGCACAAAAGAUGAGCAGCAACGAAGUGCAGAUUGUGGAAAUCAGCGGAAUCCCGAGCUGUCAACGGCAGUGUGGCGAGAGUAGAUAAGCCCCCUUAUGAGGUGAAAGCCCUUCCCCGUCCUGCAGUAUCCCCUCCCAGCACCACCAGCAGGAAUAAGGGAUGUCACGGCGGUUCCUCCUUUCAGCGGUGCUGAUAUUCUCCUGCAGCAUUGAGGUGUCUCCUGCUGCUUCUCUGGAUAAGCUGAAGGAGAGCUGGAAAUUUUACAUGGAGGAGUGUGAGCGCAACAACAGCCGAGACCCGCCAAACACCGGCCUUGUGUGCGCCAGGGAAUUUGACAGAUAUGCUUGCUGGCCUGAUGGACUCCCCAACACCACUGUCAGUGUGGCGUGUCCGUGGUAUCUGCCAUGGCACCAUAAAGUUCAACAUGGCAUGGUUUAUCAGGAAUGUGAUGCAAACGGCCAGUGGGUGCCCACAAAGAAUACGAGCGAGUGUGAUUCUAAUGAUCCAAGUCUGCAGUACUAUGGCCAUAUUCGGAUCAUGUACACAGUGGGUUAUUCCUUAUCACUGGUGGCUUUGGUGUUGGCGCUUGGCAUCCUCAUAUUCUUUAGAAAACUGCACUGCAUGAGGAACAACAUCCACAUGAAUCUGUUUGCCUCCUUCAUCCUGCGAGCACUGUCCAUCCUCAUCAAAGACGCUCUGUUGGAGGCCAAUAUCACUUUGCGGGACCUCAGCAACGACCAGGAGCAGGGAAUCCCCCAGGCAUCCAUGCCUCCAGUGGAGAUGCUGGUCAACAAUGAGAUAGCAGUUAGCUGUCGCAUCGCCAUGGUGAUGAUGCAGUACAGUAUCAUGGCCAACAGCUACUGGCUGCUGGUGGAAGGCAUCUACCUCCACAACCUCCUUGUCAUCACAGUGUUUACAGAGAGGAACUACUUCAACAUCUACCUGUGCAUUGGCUGGGGCACCCCGUUAAUAUUCCUCGUGCCCUGGGUGAUAGCUAAAUACCUGUAUGAAAAUCAAGAGUGCUGGGGCCAAAAUAUAAACAUGAAUUACUGGUGGAUCAUCCGUUCCCCAAUACUUCUGGCAGUUGUGAUCAACUUCCUUAUCUUCAUCCACAUCAUCAAAAUUCUUGUGUCCAAACUUCGAGCGCACCAAAUGAGAUACACAGAUUACAAAUUCAGGCUGGCUAAGUCGACUCUGACCCUGAUUCCUCUGCUGGGCAUCCAUCAGGUUGUCUUCAUCUUUGUGACAGAUGAGUCCACCACAGCCACCAUCGGGCUGCGUCUCACCAAGCUCUUCAGUGACCUCUUCUUCUCCUCCUUCCAGGGUCUCUUGGUUGCCAUCUUGUACUGCUUUGUCAACAAAGAAGUGCAGUCGGAGAUCAUGAAGAAGUGGAAGCGCUGGAAGCUAGGGAGGAACAUUGAGGAGGAAUACCGCCACACCUACAGCAACACCCCCAACACGAAGACAGCCAGCCUGUUGAACCACGUCUCUCGACUGCCUCAUCUCCCAGACGUUGCCAAAACCUCCUCUCCGGUCUGCAGCCCUGAAGAGACGCACAUGCUGGUGGCUGGAUGCCAAAACGGUAUGGUCCACAGUCAGGGGGCAGACCAGUGCACCUCCCCGCUUCACAAGGAAACCAUCAGCAACUGCACCCUACUGGAGGACAUUAGCCUUACGGACAAGGUGCAGUGUUAUGAGGGUCAGAGAGAGAACGUGGAGAGCCACCUGUGAAAGGUGCUGGGAACAAGAACUUGAUGAGGAAAGUUCCAGGGCCUUGAGCUCUCAUGUGGCUCUGACAUACUGCCCUGGGUGGCUGUGAGGAGCUGUGCUGAUAGACUCAUCUAUCAGAGCUGUCUUUGCCAAGAGAUUGCUGUCACUGGGAGACCAAGCGGCCUGCGAACAGAGAAUAAUAUGGCAGACUCCCACACUGAGACGUCUAAUGUUCUGUGAGCCUUGUGAAUGGAUUUCUGUUGAUGUUUGUUGGACAGCGAAAGAAACUGCUGCCUGUUGAACAAUGAAUCAAGGCAGAUAAGCCAUGUAAAAUAACAAGAAAAUAACCUGAAACCUCAAAUAGCAACAAUGGAAACAAAACAACAAAAAAGAAACAGGGUCCUUGCUUGAGCCUCUGCUUUAAUUUGUGCUUUGUAUCAAAUGUGUGUUUUGUGGUACUGGAGGUCAAAGACAAGCUGGACAUUGAACUGCAUAAACAAGAAAAAAAAAAAGACCAAACAAGUGACUCAAAACGAGAUGAUAGGGAACAUAGACUUUUCCCCUUUUUUUCUUUGCUCUGAUAUCUGUAAAUGUUUUUUUGUCUAUACUGACUCUGAUGAAAAUGUACAGAAAAGGACGAAACAUUCUGCUGGCCGUACCUUGUACAGUUAAGAUGACCACAUUGCUGUUCAAGCGGCCCAACACAGGGGACACUGGAAAAUUGGCAGCUGCUCUCACCAGGUCAUUCCUGGCUUACAUACAGACAUUACAAGAGGUCAAGAGACGGUAUGCAAUGAAUAAUAAAUAUGAUCUUUAGUUUUACAAUAAAACAAGUCUUUUUUUUUUUUUUUUUUUUUACAUCGGCAUGAGCCUUGGAUACUGCAUUGCUACAGUUAUGAUUAUGUAAAUGCGCCAGGCGUCUUUUCAAGGGGAAUAGUUGCAAUUCUGUGCUGUUAAAUGUUUUCUUUCCUCCUUGCCAUCAAGAUGUUGUCUGACUCACAGGCUUUGGCACACAAUAUUCUACACAGUAGCCCACUCAGCCCUCGAGAGGAAGGCUGAUAGGGACAUCCGAGCACUCAAAUCAAGGAUAAAAAUACACAGCAUAGAGACCUGUCAAGCAACACAUGCAUAAAGUAUGAAUCCAACACAUGCUACUCAGUCAGUGUAAUACAUCACCUCCAGCACAAGGCUGUUUUUGGAGGUAAAAUGUAGGCCAUCGUACAUGCUCAUAUUUAGUGGGUUAGAAGUUGCGUGAAUCAUUCACUGAGGAUGCCUGCUGUACAGUGCCAUCACAUCAGUAUCUCCACUGUGCAAACGCCCAAAAGUCGGAAAGCCUUUGCUAAUGAUUGCCUGCGCCCAGUUACUCUGCACACAGUGUUUAAUGUUCAGCCUUGUGCUGUGUCGACAGCGGCUGUGGACACUCAGAACAAAACUCUGCACCCUAAAAGUGGAACAAAACAUUUUAGUGACAAACAAAGCAAAAUUAGUAGUGGUACAUUCACCUCUGAAUACAUUGCAUUUAUUUUUAAAGGUCCAUUGUGUAGGAUUUAGGGGCAUCUAUUGUUUAUAAUGACUUUAUAGUGUGAUAUAGAUAUAAGAAUCAUGUUUUUGUUACAUUAGAAUGAGCGGUUUGUAUCCAUACAGAGUGGGUUUUCUUCUUUGGAGUCUGCCAUGUUGUUCAACAGUAGCCCAAAACGGACAAAUCAAACACUGGCUCUACAUCGGGCGAUUGAUGUUUUUGCAUUGGCCACCGACAUGCUUUAUACACAGGAGAGGUUUCAGUUCGGCAACCUCCCCGUAAGAAAUCACUAAAUCCUACACACUGGACCUGGAGAAAGGAAGCCGUGUGCAGAGCGUUAAUUCAUCUUUGAGUUGCGAAACGUUUGCCAGAACUAACUCACCAUGACUUUGUAUGUAUGACUAUUUGCACAAUGUUAAUUUAUAAUUGAUAAAUACUGUGUAUAUAUAUGUGUGUUUAUACAGUUGAUUUAUUUGAUUGCUGUCAAUAUAUUUCUUGGCAAGUCUGUCCGUGUGUGUAUGUGUGUGUGUGUGUGUCUGUGUGUGUAGCUAUAUAUUUUCAGGUAGGUAUGAAUGUGUGCCAUUUCAGUAUGUGUUGCAGUUGGAUGAAUCAUUGGCUGUAGCCAGAUAAGUGAUGGAUGGUAUAAACAAGUACAAAUGGCUUCACACAGAGCGUAGAGGUCAGAUGUCAUUGUGAGUCCCACUCAAGCUUAUGUAGUGAUGCAUGACAUAUGAGGUCAUGCCAAUAUACAGUGUAAGAAAUACACAGCUCUUUGUUUUAUUAAAGAAUCAGUGUGUUUCCACUGGUAUCAUGUAGUUCAGGGCUAAAUUAAAGCACAACAACAGCGUGUUUGUCAUUCAGAUAAUAGCUCUGUGCAUUUACACUUCAGCCAGGUGCUGGUAUUGAGUUGGUAAAAACAAAAACAUUUCAUCGGUGUCUGCUGAGGAUUGUAAUAGAGCAGGUACAUAUCCAAUACUCGGAAUCGAGCUGAGAGCAUGACACACAUGCUGCUGUUGCCCGGAGGUGAAUUUGCAGUGUUUUUUCUUAGUUUCCAGAGCAGGAGAAAUGUGUGUAUACUGAAAAAGUAACACAGGUAUGUUGUGCACCUUGAGUAAAAUAGUACUGAGUAGAGUAUAUAUGUAUGGUCAGAGUAUAUUUCUAGUUUUAUUUCAAACUAUUAUGUGUAUUUUAAGCUGUGACCUUAACCAUGUAUGUUUUUGAAGCCAGCAGCUUGGGUCACUCCCCUUCUGGACCAAAGUGGUUCUGUCUGAAUGUAUUCUAUGAGGGCCCAAAUCAGUAUGUUCCUUUUUAUUUUCUAUUAAUGGUGGUUAUGUACAGUAUAUUUGCUGUGAGGACCCAAUCAGUAAGAACUGGCUGUGUUCAGAUGUAUACAAUUCAUCAUUUAUUGUGUCCGCUUAUCAAACAUCAAAUGGUGAAAGAGUAAAUUACAAUGUAGGCCUAUGUGAAAGAGAAUUUUAACUUGCUGUGUCUUUUGUAUUGGUGAACAUUCGAAAUGAUAAAAUAAA